CUAGCAAGCUCAAAGAAAACUGAGCUCGUGUGUGGUGAGCAGCGAGUGAGUGAGGGACUGGUGACCAUUUCAAGAACAGCGCCGCAGCAGGGAGCUAAUUCGUUCGUUCAUCGUCGCAUCAUCAGUUUGUGAUCCUUCGCCCCCGUAGCUUCCUGCAACUUCGAGCUCACUAAACAACCAUGGGAGGAGGCACGCUGGAGUACCUGUCGGAUCUGCUAGGCGGCGGCGGCGGCCGGCGCCGGUACAAGAAGAGGAAGCAGUUCCAGACGGUGGAGCUCAAGGUGCGCAUGGACUGCGACGGCUGCGAGAUGAAAGUCAGGAACGCGCUCUCCAGCAUGAAAGGGGUGCACUCCGUGGAGAUCAACCGCAAGCAGUACAAGGUGACGGUGCAGGGGUACGUUGAGCCGCACAAGGUGGUGAAGCGGGUGCAGGCCACGGGGAAGAAGGCCGAGAUCUGGCCCUACGUGCCCUACAGCCUCGUCGCGCACCCUUACGCCGCGCCGGCCUACGACAAGAAGGCGCCGCCGGGCUACGUGCGCAGGGUCGACGCCGUCAUGCCCGUCUCCUCCACCUACGGCGGGCCCGCGGCGGCGGCCGGGCCGCCGCAGGAGGAGCGGCUCGCCACCAUGUUCAGCGACGACAACCCCAACGCGUGCUCCGUCAUGUAAAUUAGAAUUACUUUUUCUUUUCCCCUACACACCACCGUGGGUGCAUGGCGCAGCUCUCUUCGACCACAGAAAAUGUAAACCGUACGUGGAUGCAUGUCAAAACCAUAGAUGAUCGCCUCGGUUGGAUGUCUAUGUCCAUCACAUGUGCUUGUACGUACGUAGCUGUAUGUUGUUGUAUGCUUUGUAUAUUAUUGUUUGAUGGAACCAAAAGAAAGCAUGCAUGCGUGGUAGAGAGAUUUUUCCCAAAAUUAAUUAAAGUUAGUCUUCUUCCUCGCUCCACAUGUGCUGCCGAAUCUUAGCCUACCUUUAAAUUCUGUUAUAAAUUUCAUCUGUAGAGUUGUGUGUUGCAUG